CUUAUUAGUUGUCAACAAACGCUAUUAAUGUCAUUUUCGUUUUCCCGUUGGGGCUGAUAGAUUCUUAUUGUUUUUAUUACAAAAUAACGAAUAUAAUCCAUUUAAAUAAGAAAUAAUGAGUACUUAAAUGGACUAAUGUAAUCUUGUAGCGGAACAUUAGUGAAAGACUUAGUAAUAAACAUUAAUAAAUAACCUUAAGGUGGUAAUGAAAAUAGAUCCCCUGCGGGGUGUUUUUAUUGAUAAUUAAUAGUCUUUAGAUAAUCAAAAUGAGUUACAAUUCCGGCGGGAGUGGAAGCAAAGGCUUCGGGUUCGCUGGUUUCACGAUGCCGAAGCGUAAUCCGUCUAAUGUGUCGCUUCACGCGGUGCCUCCGCCGACGACUCCGAUGCAUGCUGUGCCGCCGCCUUCCACCGGCUUGUCGAAGCAAGGCUACUCUACUAUGAGCUCAAUUACUCAGAAUGCAGUUACUGGUAACUGGGGCUCAUUGGGGAAGAAGCGAUCAAAGACUGAAGAUGAAUAUUUUGAUGAGGAUGACGAGCCACCAACACCAGCGCUGGCAUACAUCCCUGCUCCUGGAAGCCCUACAUAUGAAGCUGGAUCCAGUUCUAAGGCACAGGAGGAAGAUGAAGAAGAUCCCCUGGAUGCCUACAUGGCUGGAUUGGAGCAGCAGGCCGCUAAGGACCUGGUGGCCAGCAAAGAGAAUGCAGCCAGUGGGAAGGGAGACAGCGGCAGAGGCACUAGAGGAGACAUCGAUGAAAUGGAUGAUGAAGAGAGUUAUUAUAAAUACAUGGAAGAUAACCCCUUGAAUCAGGGUGACGAUGGUUCUGACAUGGAAAUAGAGUAUGACGAGGAUGGCAACCCUAUUGCACCACCAAAGAAGAAGUUCAUAGACCCACUACCACCCAUAGACCACUCAGAGAUUGAGUAUGAGCCUUUUGAGAAAAACUUCUACACUCCUCAUGAGGACAUUGAGAAGUUGACUCCACAGCAAGUCGAGGAGUUGAAAAAGAAUUUAGGUGUAAAAAUAUCAGGUCCAGACCCGCCGAAACCAGUAAGCAGUUUCGGUCACUUGGGCUUCGAUGAGCAGUUGAUGAAGGCAAUCCGUCGCUCGGAGUACACACAGCCGACUCCCGUGCAGGCCGCAGGUGUACCCGCCGCGCUGUCUGGCCGGGAUCUCAUAGGUAUUGCUCGUACGGGAUCUGGUAAGACGGCCGCGUUCCUGUGGCCACUGCUAGUUCACAUCAUGGACCAGAAGGAACUAGCGCCUGGAGAUGGACCCAUCGGACUUAUUCUGGCACCCACUAGGGAAUUGGCGCAACAGAUCUACAUGGAGGCGAAACGUUUCGGCAAGGUGUACAACAUUAGGUGCGUGUGUUGCUACGGAGGCGGCUCCAAGUGGGAGCAGUGCAAGGCGUUAGAAGGUGGUGGGGCAGAAAUCAUAGUGGGUACUCCCGGUCGUGUGAUAGAUCUCAUCAAGUGUAAGGCGACCAACCUACAACGAGUCACGUACUUAGUGCUCGACGAGGCCGACAGAAUGUUUGAUAUGGGAUUCGAGCCGCAAGUCCGCUCAAUCUGCAGCCACGUCCGUCCGGACCGGCAGGCGCUGUUGUUCUCGGCGACGUUCCCGCGGCGCGUGGAGCGACUGGCGCGCGACGCGCUGCACGACCCCGUGCGCGUGCAGCACGGCGCCGCCGGGGAGGCCAGCGCGCUCGUCGCGCAACAUGUCCGGAUAUUCCAAAAACCGGAAGAGAAAUGGACGUGGUUACUGAAUCAUUUGGUCGAAUUCCUAUCAGCAGGCAGUGUGCUAAUAUUCGUAACGAAGAAGUUGGAAGCAGAGCAGACGGCUGCGAACCUGGGCGUGCAGCAGUACGACGCUCUACUCCUGCACGGAGACAUGGAGCAAGCUGACAGGAACAAGGUCAUCACUGCAUUCAAACGGAACGAGAACAACAUACUCGUCGCUACAGACGUCGCUGCCCGAGGUCUCGACAUCCCCCACAUUAGGACAGUGAUCAACUACACGGUGGCGCGCGACAUCGACACUCACACCCACCGCGUCGGCCGCACGGGCCGCGCCGGGGCGCGCGGCGACGCCUACACGCUGCUCGACAGGCACAAGGACAGGGACUUCGCGGGACAUCUGCUCAGGAACCUGGAGGGAGUGCAGCAGGAAGUACCUGAAGAUUUGAUGCAGCUAGCGAUGCAGUCGGCGUGGUUCCGCAAGUCGCGGUUCAAGAAGGGCAAGGGGAAGAACCUUAACGUCGGCGGCUGUGGAUUAGGUUACAAAGAGCGGCCAGGUCUCCCCCCUCCCCGCGAGGACCAGUCCCCCGCGGUGUCGUUGGACAAGUCCCACGGUCCGGCCACCGACAGACUAGCUUCACUUAAAGCUGCAUUCCGAUCGCAGUAUAAUCAGUUCACAGCAUCAACAGACCACUCCUGGGAACAAACGAGGCCUAGUAUCCAGCCCGGGGUCAAUGCCCCCGCGGCGCAGGCGGAGGAGAAGGCGGAGGACAAAGCAGAGAGAUUGCGUAAGAGUGGGAAACGGAGCCGGUGGGAGUAGAGGGAGUGUAAAAAGAGAGAGAGAGAGUACUAUGUCAUUAACAAACAGUGGACUUGUGUUUUGGGGAACUGAAAAAUAUAAGGUACACUACACAAGUUAUACAUGACCAGUUUAUUGUGGCCUCGCUUUUGUUUGAUUUGUCCGCAUUUUAAACGGUCUGUUUAUACUGGUUUUGUAUAGCCGUGUGUAUGAUGAACUUGUGUAAUUAAUUAGUAAAUGGUACAUAAUGAACUGAUAUUUGUCUAGAGUGCCUAGAACUUGACGUUUUUAGGUCAGCAUUAUUAUAUUACUUUCUCCUAGGGCAGGCGUUACCAAGUGUAUAGUUAUAUGAUGGAAGCUAAACAAAUAUGUAAGUAUUGUAGUAGGUGGCACUCUAUAGUUUCUACCUACCAGGGACAAAAGCAUAAGGCUAUUAGUGAAAAACUGAAAUCUGGGAUUCAGGUUCGGCCGAAACACAGAACUAAGGCUAAUUUGUAAUUUUCAAUUCGAUAGAUCGAAGUUAUCUCGAUCUUGGUGCACCAUGUCAUUGAUUGUGAGAAUAAUCUCGACCAAUGACGGACGAGAAUGCAAUAGCGCUCACUUCGAAAGUUUUAUAGGCCAUAAAGAUUUCGGUUUCGGCUGAAAAAUAACUUUCGCUCAGACACUAAAGUUUAUGUAUGUAUAAUUGUAUAUGUAUAAUAUAUAAACUAAUCGGUCUUAAUGAUUGGACCAAAUUAUAAAUAAAAUGAUAGAAAAAUGUUAUUUAUUUAGCUAAUACUUACAGUUAUUAUUCAAUAUGUCUCCCCAAAACAUAAUUUCAAAAUGAUUGUUUUUUAAGAGUUAAAUAAAAUGAAAUCGUUUGGCACUUUGCAAGUGUAUUUGAAUUCGAAAUGUAUUUGACUGUGUAGCUGAUGAAUUUCUUUAUAACUCGAACAUCACAAAUUCUAAUAUUUACUUCAAAAGUGUGUAUUUGGAUACAGUAAUACCUAUAAGUUUUGUAAAAUAACACCAUCGCGUUACUUACAGAUUAUUCCUUUUUAUUCAGAACUAGCUUCUGCCCGCGACUUCGUACGCGCAAUCUCGUUUUCUCCCGUUCCCGUAGGAUUUUCAGGACUUU